AUGACAUUGGAAGAGACCCAGGCAAGGCAUCGCAAAGAGCUCAAAGCUCUGGAUGGCGAGAAGCGUUCCGCACUGAAGAAGGCGAAAGGCACAGCCGGAAAGGGAAAGAAGGGCAAAGAAAAGCUAGCCGAAUUGGAAGCAGAAUACGAUGCCAAGCAAAAGGCUCUGGAGGAGAAGCAUGCCAAAGAAAUUGCAGAAUUGAGUGGAAGUGGUGACAGUAAGGAUACUCCUGCUCCUGCCCCCGAGCCCUUGGUGGAGAAAACGGCGGAAGAAGAGGAACGGGAACGAAAACAGGCCAAGGCACGACGAAAACGAGAAAAGGCCAAGGAAAAGGAACGAGAUCGAGAAUUGGAAAUCGAACGGGAAAAUGCCGAAGCAGGUCCAUCCUUGCGAAAGAUUGAACUGGAACGCAUCGAGCAACAACUUACGCCAUUGGGCUUGAAAAUUGAGGAGAUUGCGUCCGAUGGAAAUUGUCUCUACCGAGCAGUGGCGGCUCAUUGCGGCAAUUCGUAUCAAGAAACUCGAACUCUUUGUGCUGAUUCCCUGGCCAAAAAUGAAGCGGAAUUUGCUCCCUUUUGCGAAUACGACGAUGACAAAACACAGGAUUUUACCCAAUACGUGGAACGUGUCCGCAACUCUGCCGAUUGGGGUGGCCAUUUGGAAUUACGGGCGCUGAGCCUGGCCCUUCAAAAACAGAUUGUCGUGUACAGAGCGCAAUCCAACGAACCAUUGCGUAUAAAACCCGAAGAAAGUGCGGGAGACGAUGAUGAAAAUGCAAUCCGCUUGUCGUAUCAUUUGAAUUAUUACGCUCUGGGAGAGCACUACAACCGAGUGGUCAAGGCAUCUGCUACUACUAGUUGACACGGUUGA